AUGCUAAAGGAGGUGCAGUGGCACCAGACGACCGUGGAAUGUCGCAAUUGUCUGCUGGAGCAUCAUCAGGCAUUUGAGAAACGUCGCGUGUGUCUGUAAUUACAGACACACGCGACGUGUACUGAAAAAAAUAACAGGGCUGCAAUGCCGUGUACUUAAGUACACGGCAUUGCAGCCCUGUUAUUUUUUUCUCUAAAAGUCGGCUUCUGUUUCAGAUCUUAAAUAGGAUUGCGCCUCAGGCAAGGAGAAGCGGUCCUGUCCCUUCUAUAUCAGGUCUCGUGUUCGCCAAGCAUUCUUUGGAGCAGACGAAGAUCAGACGAUUUUCCUCUUUGGAAAGGACGGACACACGGGACUUUUCUCAAAUGCCGGAUGAUUCUCCAGCAGACAAUUGCGACAUUCCACGGUCGUCUGGUGCCACUGCACCUCCUUUAGCAUUGCUGGGGCAUGCAAUUGUGGCCCUUCGUCACGCACGCGUGUACUGACGACCUACAGGAUCUGAUUGUUCGAGGGCAGCUCAGAGCGGAUUCCGUUGGUUGGUAGUUGGCACAGAAGCGGGGUGAGUUAAUACGAAAAAGGUAAAGGCGACUUCUUAAGAGGAAAAUCGUCUGAUCUUCGUCUGCUCCAAAGAAUGCUUGGCGAAUACGAGACCGGAUUUUGAAAGGACAGGACAGCUUCUCCUUGCCUGAGGUGCAAUCCUAUUUAAGAUCUGGAACAAAAGCCGACUUUUAGAGAGAAAAAUAACAGGGCUGCAAUGCCGUGUACUUACAGACACACGGGACUUUUCUCAAAUGGCGGAUGAUUCUCCAGCAGACAAUUGCGACAUUCCACGGUCGUCUGGUGCCACUGCACCCCCUUUAGCAUUGCUGGGGCAGGCAAUUGUAGCCUCUCGUCAUCAUCCGCCAGGCACGCACCUGCAUCCACCCACCGUCCAAUGGCCGCAAUAACCUGCUCUUCAGACGACACAGACAAAUCUUCACUUUAAAGCACAAUGAGUAGAGUUUGAGCAGGUAGGCGAUUCUCCGUCAGUGCUUCAACAUUCAGCGACCUCGCAAAGUCCAAGAUGUCGGACAGAUUUUCUAA